GUUUAAUUUCUAAACUAUUUGUGAUUCAUUACUUAUAUAUAAAUCAGAUUGGAUUAUAUUCUCUUAACUAUGUAGCCAAAUAAAAUUAAUUCAUCAAUACAGCAGUUGGCGGCAGGAGUAAGUUCAUGCUUGAUGCACUUGCACUACGCCUCUACGGGCAUUCAAUUUUUGGCAUCAUUCAAUUGUUCAUCAUGACAUUUCUGAAGACUUUGAAGCCAAGUGGCCCUUUGGUGGUUGGCUGCACAGACAUCAUGAUUGGCCGAACAAAGGAAGGGUCCCUGUUACGUCUCUUUUAUCCAACAGAUGCCAAAGAAUUGCCUCAGGAUGAGAGUCAGUGGACCCGCUGGUACUUGGGUGACUCCUACUCCCGAGGACUGGGCAAGUUUGUGGCUCCUUGGUUCCUGCAAGGCACUUUUGCUUGGUUGCUUAAUUGGCAAACACGUUACAGUUUGGUGCCAAGUGCUUGGUGCAGCAAUUUGUUGUCAGGGGACAAGAAGCUGCCAGUUGUUGUAUUCUCUCAUGGCCUGGGCGCCAACCGCAGCAUGUAUAGCUCUGUGUGCUGCCAGCUUGCAUCUCAUGGUUUUGUGGUGGCAGCCCUGGAGCACAGAGAUGGUUCUGCAUGCAGCAGCUUCACACUUAAUGAGGAAGGUGAAAAGGAGUGGCUGGAGUUUGAGUUGCACAAGCCUGGCGAUAAACAAAUUGUGCUCAGAAGCAAGCAGAUAGGUAUUCGGGUUAAAGAAUGUCAAAGCACUCUCACAAUAAUGGAACGCCUCAACUCCGGGGGAGUUGAAAAUGAGCUGAAGAAUGCGUUUGAUAUCAGGCAGCUGAUUGGGCGGUUGGACCUCUCAAGACCAAUCAUUGCGGGACACUCCUUUGGAGGCUGCGCGGCCAUCAACACGCAGCUGCAAGACAAACGCUUCAAACUUUGUGUUGCCUUGGACCCCUGGCUGUUCCCCAUGAAAGACUCGGUGGAGCUGUGUUCUAAAAUGGAGAAGCAUGUGCUGUGUGUCUCUACAGACACAUUCCAGACGCCUGAGAACUUGGAGGCUAUGAGUCACUUGCCUUCACAGCUCACCUCUUUUGUCACAAUCAAGGGCACAGUGCACCAGAACCAGGCAGACACGCCCUUCUUGCUGGGUACCGCGGGACGUCUCAUCGGGGGCACAAACUCGAAGCUCGACCACAGCCUGGCCAUGGAGAUCAACAACGCCCUCAUGAUGGCCUUCAUUCAUUCUCAUCACGGCGUGCCUUGCUACACCUGCUGCCCGUUGACGGCACUGGCGCAGCACCAAGCUCUGGUCGUAUGUGGCCCGCGUCUCGCUGUCGAAUUUUUGCAAGAGCCCAUCGCUCGUUCUCGCCUCUGACUCUAGUUUGUUUAAGGAUCGAGUUUGUUUCUAUUCUAUAAGUUGUAGCUUAGAGUGACGCGAGUUGGAUGAUUGAGAUCAUCACUGGAAGCUUGUAACUGUGCUUCAAUAAACUUGAAAGCGUUUUUGAAAAUGAUGCAACCAUGGUAAAUAUUGUUGUUCUGGAAACCACAUUUGGCCGGACUUGAGCUAUUUGGUAUAAAAAAACCACAUGCGAUUUUUUUUUGUUAUAUGCUGAAACACGGCUGUUUUAAAACUAAAAUUAAAAAUCCGGGCUCAAAAAGUCGAGCAUUGUAGCAACGCAAAUUUCGCUACAAAUCGAAGCCGUAUCCAGCAUUGUAUUGCAUUUUAUUGAUGAUGAUCAUUUAGAAUGAAUAGGAAUAUAACCGACGUCAACUCAAUUUCAUAUUAAUAACUUAAUUAGGGUCGAACGUUUCUUUUUUAAUCUUUUACCUUGUCUUAAAUCAUUUUUAUUGCACAUUGCCCAGUCUGUUCAUUUCUUCGCCGUAUGAAACGUGGUGAUUUUAAGAUGAAAAUUUUCAAGUCUCAAAAGGGAAAUCUGAGACCGUUGUGUACUCUUGGUAUUUCAUUAGAUUGAAAUUGACCAUUUUAUUCCCGAGUUGCUAGUCAUUAUCAGAAGGCGCCCGUAACGAGUCGGGGCUCGAAUGUUUGUUAGCUAUCGUGGCUGUGGGCAUUUUGUGUGGUCAGUAUAUCACUGUGUCUGUGUAUUCAAGUUAGUCUUCUGUUACGCUAAUCCUUCGGAGAACUGUUCAGGGAUUCGAGCACCAACUAAAGACAUUACUUUUUCUCUUGUUCGAGCGUGAUUACUCCUGCCACAAUGCGCAUUUCUGCACCUAGUCGUUUCUUGGUUCAAUUCUCUCAUUUAUACUGCAGAAUUGACCUCUCACACAUCCACUAUUUCGCGUUAUUAGUUUAUCUGAGUUUCAAAUUCUGGAAAUGUACCCUGGCUAAAUUUGAAACCUCGAUCUAUAAUUUGGGUCCUUCGGAUUGUCAGUUAUUACUUGAGCAAUUAGGGUGUGAGCCCUUAAUCCGGUCAGCUCUACUCCAUGAGGAUCAUUUCAGGCGUAUAACCCAUAGUUAUUAUGAUCGCAGUUUAACAGAUAUCACCUAUGGAAUUGUGGAGUACAGGGCUGCUGGUCUUGGUUUUAUGUACUUUUCGUUAUGUGUGCCUAGGGAUGCAUUUGUUUUGUCAGCUAUAAGUGUUGGUAUAUCGCUAAUACGGCAAAUAAAUUUAUAUUUUUACAAUCAUUAACAUGAUCAGGCAAUAUUUUUAUACUGUUGUUGUUGUUAUAAAAUUUAAGGUUUGAAA